AUGGCUAAUUAUCUUGCCUCCAUCUUCGGAACAGAACAGGACAAGGUCAACUGCAGUUUCUACUACAAAAUUGGCGCCUGCCGCCAUGGCGACCGCUGCUCACGCAAACAUGUCAAACCCUCCUAUUCCCAAACAGUCCUCAUGCCCAACCUCUACCAGAACCCUGCCUACGACAACAAAUCGCGCAUGAACCCGCAACAGCUUCAAAACCACUUCGAUGCCUUUUACGAGGAUGUGUGGGCCGAGAUGUGCAAGUACGGCGAGAUUGAGGAGUUGGUGGUAUGUGACAACAACAACGAUCACCUGAUCGGGAACGUGUAUGCGCGGUUCAAAUACGAGGAUUCGGCGCAGGCGGCGGCGGAUGCGCUGAAUAGUCGGUGGCUCAAUAGUGGCGAGGGGUGCGUGAGAGGAGGUUUCUGCAACUUCAUACAUCGCAAGGAGCCGAGUGCGGAGCUGGACAAGGAGUUGGAGUUGGCGACCAAGAAGUGGCUGAGGGAGAGGGGCAAGGAUGCUAGGAGUAUGAGCAGGAGUGCUAGCCCUGAGCCGCUCAAGCCACGAUACUGA